UAUACGCAGUUUGGAGGAAAACAGCUGACUCAAAAUAGACGAAAAUAUAGAAUGCAGAAUAAAGAAGGAACUUAUAUAGGAGGAUAAAAGAGGAAGGUAUUUCGCGUUCGCCAGUGUGAAUUUUGAGAUAUUCGAGACCGAUCAGCUGUAAUCUAAUAGAAACGAAAACGUUUCUCUGGUGUUUUUAUUCUCCGCAAAGAAUUUACUUUAUGUAAAUGUCAAAAAAGAAGAGAGCGGUGUUUCAGGAUUUCGCAAUCGAGGCUAUUUAUCUCCUUGACUUUGCUUCGGAUCACAAUUCUCUCUCUACGAAGUACAAAUGAUGGAUGAUGUAAACAUCAAUGAAAUAUGCCUUCAUUUAGAGGAGGUAGAAGUGGAGACUGGAGAUGAAAACGAGUGGAUUAAAUUAAAUUGGAUUAAUAAACAGAGUGAUGACAAUGAAACUUUGCAAUCCUCGAACCUACAGAAGGAGGACUCAAAUUCUGAGAGUUCGCAGACAAAGGAUAAUAAAGUCUCGUCUGUAAGUACAGAAGCAGAAGAUAUAUCCGAUGGUAUAUCUGUCAUAACGGAGAGCGACACAGACACUGUUCCAAAUAAUCUUCAACUUCGUCAAUUUAAUGGUAACACAUGUGGGCCUCUGUGGAUGCUGGAAACACGAGUAAAUAACCAGGGAAAUAUAAGAAAUGUCGUCUUGGCUUGUAUAAUUGGUAUCGUUAUUGGUUUCAUUCUUAGCCAUUCUUUUAUAACUCCUGAAGCCAAUCCAAAUUCAAAUGGGAUUAAUACUGAAAGUCUUAAGACUGUAAGUCACAAUAUUGUUAAUACUUGCAAAGCACUGACUGAAGUGAAAACUAUGCUAAAUGAAAUAAAAGCACGUACGGCAGUUGAUAAGAAAAUUAUAGAACAUUUUAUAGAGCAGCUUUCUAACAUAGAUUCUACAAAUAAAAUGGGUGGUAAGCCUACUGUUACAUCGGAAUCUUUCAAUUUUGAUCAAUAUUCAUUGGAUCAAGUGUCUCAACUCCAAAUGUCUCUACAUGUAUUAUCGUCAUUUGCAUUUAUUUAUGGUAACAACAGUUCUUUAAAGAAUGAAAUAAGUAAGACGCUGGAUAUUGUGAACAGUACAAAAUUAUUUUAUGAAAACUUAAUAUUAUUUAAUAACAAUACACAAAACGAGUACAAUUCUCUUGCCUUAAAGAUUUUGCAACAUGACAGUGACAAAAUACAUAUUACUUCUAAGUCACUUCUCUCUAACUUGAUCGAGAAAAUGAGUAAGAUAACAUUAAACGUGUACAAUAAAUAUACUAAACAGAGAUAUAAAGUGAUUAAGAAAUUAUGUGAUUUAAAAAAUAUAUUGCCUGAUGAUGAAUUCUUGAAACGAUUAACCGAAAAUAAUGAGCUUUUCAAAAAUUAUGACAAAUCUUGUGUUUCAAAUUAUUCCUCAAAAAAAUUUAAUACAAAAACGAGUGAAAAAAGAAACACAAAGAUAAAAAAUGUAAAGGAGUGGAGCAAGAAAGCUGAUAAUACAGCAUUUCAUGAAAAUUAUGAUAAAAAAAAUGGCCACAAGAAAAGAAAUGAUGACAAUGAAAAGAAUUAUUUGAAAAAAAAAAGCACUAAGAAAUUGAAUGAACAUAAUUAUACUAUUCCAAAGUUUUUCCACAAUGGCAGUGAUAAAAUAUAUAAUACUUCUCAGCUACUUUUCUCAGACUCGAUAGGAAAAAUGAACACGGAAACGUUAAAUAAACGUACAUGUACUAAAUGUAAUAAAGCAACACAAACAGAUAAAAUGUCAAAGGAUAAUUUUGAUAAUGUUUUACACUUGUGGAAAGAUUCGUCUUCACUUUCAACCAAUUAUUGUUCAAGAUCUAAUAUAGAAGAUGUACCCAUCACAUUAAACUGUAAAACAGAGAAUUGUAUUGUUAAUUCUAACAAUAAACAUAAUGCAAAUAAAGAAUCUGUAUCGGAUUAUAAAAGUUCUGCGAAAGUUAUGUUUGAAAAGAGUAAACCAAAGCAAAAAGAUUAUUCCAAAUCAAGUGACUCUACUAAAAAAGUCUUCAAUAAUGAUAAUAAAAAUAUUAAAGAAAAGAAGAAGAUGCCGUCUCAGAAUAAAAUGAAGAAUCAUGUGUCAGAGAACAAUAAUUAUCAUAAAUCUAUACAGUCUUCAUUUAACAGCCGCAUAACAAAGCAAGAUGACCAGGAUUAUAUAAAUUCGGAUUGGCAGAGUGAUAAUGAAAGAUUUGAUGUGCAUAAGAAGCAACGAUAUGAUGACACUUCGGAUUGGUAUUUUCAACGAGCAUUUUCUCGUAGAAAUGCGCGAAAACAUGCGGAAGAUUUAUAUCAACGCAAUACCAUGCUUUGGAAAAAACGUCGAUACAAUACGUACUACUGAGGUACAGAGAUAAAAAGAUUUAGAAAUGUAUGGGAUAUUUUUCCAUGCAGGUUUUCAUAUAAUGUUCUUUGUUUUAUAUGAUAUAGCAGUUUGAUACGUUAAAUAUUUUUAGUUAUACGCAGAAUAUCCAAAUAGUAUAUUAUAUAUUUGCAAAUAUUGACUUGUUAUUUUUGUUUUGUAAAGAUAUCUAUGUGUAAUCUGAUGAAAAGAGAAAUUUAGAUCAAAGAAUUUUAGCAUUUUAAAAAAGCAAAAAAACUACCAUGUGUCAUGCUUCACCAAAAAGAUAAAAUUUAUAGAAAUACCUACGAUACAAUAAGAUGCACUUGAUGUACAUGUGAUAAGACGGUUAUAUAAUCAAUAUUUAUUUCGUAUCACAGUAUUAACAUUUUUACUGUAAUGUGUGAUAUGACAUUUUGCAUCUAAAUAGUUAUAAUUUUAUAUCUCGUUAAUUUCUCAUUUAGCAGUAAGACAUUAGAAAAUAUAACAUAGAUAACAAAUAAAACUUGAUAGAUUUAAUUUUGCGAUGUGACAGAAGUUGUGUGCAUCAAGUAAUUUUAAUCAUGACAAUGAUGCUGUGAUUUAUACCAAGUGGUCGUCGAUAAGAAAAUAUACGAAAAAUAUUGAAUGAUUUUAUUAGUUAUAUAUAUUAAUUAUU